AUGGGAAUUGGAUCCUCGCAUCGCAGUGAACGUGAUGCAUCGCUUGCCAACAUUUCCUAUUCCUCUUCUUCCUUGACAAUGAUUCAAACUAAACGUCAGCAAUCAUCCUCCUUCUCCUCCUCUUCACAAUCAUCAUUAUUUUCGAAUCAUCGUUCGAAAAGUCCGAUGACGACGACGAUGACGAAUCAACAACACGUGAUGCCAUCGACUCGUGAAUCUGAUACUUGUCAACAGCAGCACUUGUCACCGAAUUUAGAAAAUUUAGAAAAUUCUCUUUCUCCGUUAUCAUUGGCCUCUCAUGAUGCUAUCAAUAAUACUAUUGAUAAUAAUACUAUUAAUAAUAAUAAUUCUAAUAAUAAUAAUACUAACACUGCUAAAUUACAACAUGUGGAAAUUCCAAAUCGGGAAACUCUUCAGCAUUUCACAGAUUAUUAUUAUUCCAUGUGCGUUCCAAAUGAUUGGCGAGUGGAAGUUUAUGGAGGUCGAGGUGGAGGAAUUGUCAUUCGUGGUGGUCAACCAACAGCCAAUCAUUCUACUACGAAUACAAAUAAGAAUUCUAUUAAUAAUUCUAAUAAUAAUAAUUCUAUUCAUACAAAUAAUAAUAAUACGACUCCGACCUCUGUAAAUCAAACGGCAGAAGUUCAUCCAUAUUCUACAACAAACAACUCAAACCACUCAUCACAAGCAGUGACUGGAAAUUCAACAUCUUGUCAAAUGUUCCAUGGACAAAAAAUUUAUUUUUCUUCCUAUGAUAAAAAUGUGGAAAAGGAUUUUAUUGAAAUUUAUGUCACCUUCUCUCCAAAUGAUAUUGAAAAAGAGGCCAAGUUGGCCAUUGAUGACAUUAAUCAAAUGGGAAAACAAGAAAGUGAUGAUUAUUUUGGUAGUUUGAAAGAUCAGACAACAAAUUCUUUAAAAAGAUUGCCUUCUUCACCUACCAUUCGACAAGGAAUGUCACAAAUGUCACAACAAGCAGGAUUUUCGAGAGUUAUUGAACCAAAAAUAGUUAAGGGAAUUACACACGUGAUUGGAAAAAAAAUUCAACCCGAAAAGAAAGCUCUCUAUUUUGUCAUGCAAUUUCGACACGAAUUAUUACCACAAAAAUUAUUGUACAAGAAAAUUUAUUUUAUUCAAGAAGGAAAUGGAAUUAUUUAUUGCUUGACAUUGACAACUACGAGAAGAGAACCAGAAGAUGUGAUUGGAUAUACCUCCACACAUAUCACAGAUGUCACAACCAAUAGUCCUUUAUUGACAAGUAGAGAAAAUCAAAGUGCGAGAAGUGCAAGAUCUUCUUCGAUACCUGCCAUUUAUAUUGAAUCCCAUGCAUGUCACACUUCACAAGAUUCCCCAACAUCUGUGACAUCCCAUUCAAAUCGUCACAGUAAGAAUUUGAGUUUAUUGGCAACAUUGAGCACUUCAGGUGGUGGUUUCGACUCUUCGAAUUCAGUUCAAUCAUCUCCAAGUAUGAACGGCGAUCACAACAGCAACACUUUAUCGACCAAUCCACAACCCAAUAGUGCUCGAAAACGAAAUUCCUCAUCUGGUUCAGCGACAACUUCCAAAAAGACGUUUAUGAAAAUGGUGACCUCUGCAUUGUCCACAUCGGCCAUUGAAAGUGACAAUGGAGAUGAAAUGUCUAUUUUGACUGGGUUAAUUCCAUCAUUGUAUCCAUCCAUGAGUCAACAACAACAACAACAACAAUCGACAUCACAGCCACAACUCAUUGAUGGAGGAGUUUGGAGUGACAUUUUAGUUCGUGAGCUGUUUGUUGGAAAAUCUUUGAAUGAGUUGAAACGAAAGACGAGUAAUAUGGAUGGAGAGGGUGUGAUUAUUCAUGUUCCAAUUUGUUUUAUUCCUUCUUUGAAAUUGGAGACAGAUGGAGAGCAGGAAAUUAUCAAACAUUAUGGAAUUUCAGAUUUUGGAAAGAGAAAGCAAGAUUAUAAAUUAAUUCUCUACCAUCCCAUUCAAUAUUUAACGAGAGAACAAUACUUGAAAUCGACGAAAGAGGAAAUGGUUGAAAAUAUUUUUGUGACCUAUGUUGAUUUUGUAAAAAAGAAAUCUGAAAAGAAUUUAAUUGAAUUUUAUUUGACAGGAGAUGCGUGUGGAAAUUGUGCACAACUCGAGAAAGAAAUUGCCUCUUUGACAAGGAACGAAUUUGAGAAAAAUAGUGGCAAAUUACUGAAUUAUUUCUAUGACAACAUAUUCAAGGAAAAGGUGAAGAAAUCGUGUUCCAUUCUGAAAGAGAAAGACAUGGAAUUUUAUUCUUCAAGUGAAUCAAAUCAAGAAGGCAAUAACUCAAUAUUCACAAAGCCAAUCGUUCUCAAGGCCAAAUAUUUAGAAUUGGACGGCAACACGUAUUUCGGGAAUACUCUCAAGAAACAAUGUUGUUUGGUGGAAAGAAAUUUUAAAAUUUGGAUUUUCACCUACAGUUCCACAAGCAAUCUAAUUGCUAGUGAAGCAUUUCAUGCCAUACUGUCCGAAAUAAAAUAUUCAUAG